GGCAGUGGGUGGCAAAUGUUCUUUGUCUCAAGCCAGCCCUUCUUUAAGCGAGCAAGCGACACCUCUUUCGUCCUCCUCCUCCUCCUCCUCCUCCCCACUCUCCUUUCCUUCGCUCUCAUCCCAAUGCUCCUCAGCUUUUCUCCCGAUUCUCUCAUUUUCUCUUUUGGCGAUUGAUUCCUUCUUCGCAUAUCCUUGUCAAAAUUCCAACUUUCUCGUUUUCGUUGAUUUCUUCUGCUUGGGCGCUUGGGAUUUUGGUGGUCUAGGAGAAGAAGAUGACGGAUUUCAAGCCGGAGGAGAUCAGCCAUCCGCCCAUGGAUCAGCUCCAGGGCUUCGAGUACUGCAUCGAUUCCAACCCAUCUUGGGGAGAAGCGAUUGCUUUGGGCUUUCAGCAUUACAUACUGGCGUUGGGAACGGCGGUGAUGAUCCCCACCCUGUUGGUUCCUUGGAUGGGUGGAAGUGAUGGUGAUAAGGUCAGGGUGGUUCAGACAUUGCUAUUUGUGACUGGCAUAAACACAUUGCUGCAAACUCUAUUCGGCACGCGCCUUCCAACUGUUAUUGGUGGUUCUUAUGCAUUUGUGGUUCCGAUCAUCUCCAUAAUUCACGACUCGUCCCUGACGCGGAUACCUAAUGAUCAUGAGAGGUUUGUUCAGACCAUGAGGGCCACACAAGGGGCCUUGAUAAUUUCUUCUAGCAUUCAGAUCAUUCUGGGUUACAGCCAGCUGUGGGGUAUUUUCUCCAGGUUUUUUAGCCCGUUGGGAAUGGUUCCGGUGGUGGCGCUGGUCGGCUUUGGGCUUUUUGAUAGAGGUUUCCCUGUGGUUGGAAGAUGCGUGGAGAUUGGCGUUCCCAUGCUGAUCUUAUUCAUUGCAUUCUCCCAGUAUCUGAAGCAUCUACAUGCAAGGCGUGUGCCUAUACUGGAAAGAUAUGCGCUCCUCAUCUCCAUCACCAUCAUAUGGGCCUAUGCUCACAUCCUCACAGUGAGUGGUGCAUACAGGCAUCACCCCUUGGUCACCCAGAUCAGUUGCCGUACCGACCGUGCCAACCUCAUCUCCUCCGCUCCUUGGAUAAAGAUCCCAUAUCCAUUGCAAUGGGGUCCUCCAAGCUUUGAUGCUGGUCAUUGUUUUGGGAUGAUGGCUGCCGUCUUUGUAUCCUUGAUCGAGUCAACUGGGGCCUACAAAGCUGCAGCUCGGCUAGCAAGUGCAACGCCACCUCCUGUUCAUGUCCUAAGCCGAGGCAUUGGAUGGCAGGGUGUAGGUAUCCUACUAGAUGGGCUUUUUGGCACCGGGACUGGCUCUACGGUUUCUGUGGAGAACGUCGGGCUUCUUGGGUCAACAAGAGUUGGAAGCCGCAGAGUCAUUCAGAUAUCAGCUGGUUUCAUGAUAUUCUUCUCCAUAUUGGGGAAAUUUGGAGCACUGUUUGCCUCCAUACCAUUCACAAUCUUUGCUGCUGUAUACUGCGUUCUAUUUGGUCUUGUUGCGGCGGUAGGGCUAUCCUUAUUGCAGUUCACUAACAUGAACUCCAUGCGAAACCUCUUCAUCACCGGCGUCUCUAUCUUCCUUGGCCUAUCCAUCCCCGAGUACUUCUUCCGCUACACCGCAAGCGCUCAGCAUGGUCCUGCUCACACAAGGGCCGGAUGGUUUAAUGACUAUAUCAAUACAAUCUUCUCGUCUCCACCGACUGUUGCAUUGAUCGUGGCUGUGUUCCUCGACAACACACUUGACUUCAAGGAUACAGAUAAAGAUAGAGGGAUGCCAUGGUGGGUCAGGUUCCGAAGUUUCAAAGGAGAUAGCAGGAAUGAGGAGUUCUACACUCUCCCUUUCAACCUUAACCGUUUCUUUCCUCCAUCUUAAACCAUAUAGCUCUUGCAGCUUAGAGAAAGAAAGGGAAAGGGGGUGAGACUCAGAUUCUCGAGCAGAGGGUGGUGCAUACAAUGUAGGUUCCAGCUAAAUUUUGCGUGGGUUUCUAGCCAUUGCAUGCAUAUUUUUAAUUUGUUGGGCAAUAAAACUGGUUGUUUCUUCUAACUUGCAAGUGUGUUUGCUCUAUGAAUAAAACUGGAUGUGUGAAUCAA